GACGCGUCCGGAAAACGCCAAAUAGCCUCCCAUUUCUACCCACUCAUCGAUCUGUACGCUUCCGGCGACUCCCAUGUCGUCGACUGGCAGUUGGGUCUCAUGAAGCUGUCCGGCGUGACCGGGGUGUUGAUCGACUGGCCUGGCACCGCCAACGUAUGGGACUACCCUGGUAACGCCGCCAAUUGCGAGGCAAUCAUUAAGGGAUGCCAACGUGUGGGCCUGGAGUACGCUAUCGUAUACGAGGAUCACAACCUGGGAAUGGCCAGGGAUGCUCAUAUGUUAAAUGUCACUAUCAUUGAGCAGGGUAAAGCGGACAUGGUGUACCUAAGGGACAAACAUAUGGUUAACAGCAAUUAUAUUAAACUAAACAGUGCUCCCCUGAUACUUGAUUUCGGACCACAGACUUUAAAUGCCGGUGAAUGGGAUCAGGUGUACUCAGUCAUGACACAACCACCCACAUUCCUAACCUUAUGGAAUCAAAUGGACCAGGGUGGAAAGGCAGCUAAAGGUGAAUUCGCUUGGAUCUACACCAACUACAUGGACGGCCUAAAGAACUUCUACCACUUCCGAAGUCAAGUGCACUUAAAGUUUGGCGUAGCCUACCCGGGUUUUGAGUCGGCCUACACAUUAGGCGGUUGGCCCGGACCUACCUGGACCAUUAAGUACGGG